GAUUGAAUCAAGUGUCAAAACACAGCAGAAAAAGUGACUCUGACAGUUUGUCAAAAGUGCUGUUCUGGAUUUCUGAGAGCAGGCUUCUGGGAGAGGAAUUGUGAAGACAGAAAAACUUGGUGUUAUGUUUCAGAUUCCUGUUGAAUAUACUGCCGCAGCCUAACUCACUGCUGAGAGAUAAUUAAGCUUCAAAUGAUGCUGCAGACCAAGUCAAAAAUGGGACGGUACCUGAGCGUGAACUUGUGUUCAAGUUCUGUAAACAGGAUUUUGGAAUCAUACUGCAAAAUUAGGUACACGGCGAAUCUUCUCAGAAAGGGACAUUGCCUGGCUAAAGCACCACUCUGCUUUGACCUACAUAGAUAUUCACAGCUGUCUCCUCCUCAAACUUUCAGGCUUGCAACAAAAGCUGCUUUUAAAAAGGUAAAGCGUAGUGUUACAGGCUCUACUUCGUAUCGCUUCCUUAGAGACUUUACAAAAGAAGGCAGACAUCCUCAAACGGUGCGUUUUUAUUCAUCUUCUAAUAAGGAUGCCUUCAAAGCCAAAGCUCCAGUUGGGAUUUUUGAGGAGGCUCAGAACAAUUUUCUUUUAAGUUCGCGUGGAGGGUGUCUUGGUCAAUCAUUUAAUCAAUUGUCCAGACGCACUAACACUUAUUUUAAAAGAAAGGAAGUUGUAAGUCUGUCUGGAAAUGCUAGUGUUGUUGUCUCUUCUCCAGAAUGUGUUUGCAGGUCACAGAGGAUUAGUAAAAGUCAGUCAGCAGCCACAGAGCAAAAUAUACCUGAAAGUAAAGACACAACAAAGACUUUGAAAUGCGAGGACAGAGAGGGGAACUCAGUAACAAGUCAUUCAAUCCAAGAAACAUCUGGACUGCAAUUAUUUCACAUCAGCUCUCUGGUGACAAGAUUUGGUGAGAACUACAAUUAUGUUGCUCAUCACAUCAACUCAGUGUUCUCUCAGGGUUUGGCAAAAGUUAAAAAACAGGAGAAUUUAGAAACUGGGUCUGCUCCCAGAGAGGCUAACAGAAGGCAGAAGAGAAGAAAAAUGCAAAAUGCAGGUAUACAGUCUCAAGUAAAGUUGAGUAGUGAACAAGCAGCACUGGAACCCAACAGUAACUCCAGUACCUGGGAGGAAGGAUACCUUCACUUUGCAAGACACAUUAAUAAGUACUUUGGUGCCAAAGUAACAAAUGAAGCUCAGAAUAGGAGUGAACACUUUCCCAUAGAAAAGAAUUGCUCUUACAAGAAACACCUUUUAACACAAUCUACCUCACAAACUCACAGUGCUAGUUCACAACUGAAGCAAGAAGAAUCUAUCAUCCCAGAACCUGAAGGCAUUUUCCACAGCAGCUGUAAUAGAACAAAAAUUGGUGAGAACUAUUUCCAAACAUGCAGUCACAUCAAUCAGUAUUUCAAGGGUCAAAGUGGAUUGAAUGAGGAUAUUGAAUCCCAAAAGACCCCUGAGAGACUGAAGAGUUCAUCUUUCACGGAUUACUUCUGUAACCCCACAAGCGCCAUUCCAGGCCUGCUGGGUGCUUAUCGAAAACUGGGCCCCUUGUCGCAGACAAGCAACCCCAAAAUCGCCAUGUCUGACCCACAAGCAACAUUAAACAAAAAGCUUGUCUUGAAUAGGAAGCAAGCAGAUGAAAUGACACGUGUGUUAAUGGGCAGUCUGAGACUGGCCUCUGCUCCAGAAACUCUUACUUCCCGCGUAGAAGCAUUCAAUGAACACCUGAUCCACUACCCCUCGUGUAAAGCUUUAAUUUGGAAGGAAAAAACUGCAGUCACAUUGCUGAGACAGAGGCAAAACUACAAACAUGACCAGGAACUUCAGGCUGCCUUAAGAGAAACUUUGGCUCUGAUUGGAUAUGCAGAUCCAGUCAAAGGCCAUGGCAUUAGAGUCCUCUCAAUUGAUGGUGGUGGAACAAGAGGUGUUGUGCCUCUUCAGAUAUUAAAGCUAUUGGAGGAUGAAACAGGCAAAAAGAUCCACCAGAUGUUUGACUAUAUCUGUGGAGUGAGCACAGGUGCUGUCCUGGCCUUCAUGCUGGGUUUGGCCCGUUUUUCUAUAGAGGAGUGUGCUGACAUGUAUCGUCAAUUUGGUUCUGAAGUGUUCCGGCAAAACCCACUGGUUGGCACUGUAAAGAUGGGCUGGAGCCACUCUUACUAUAAUACUGAGACUUGGGAGUCAAUACUCCGAGAGAAGCUAGGUGAGAGAGUACUUAUUAAAACAGCCAGAGAUGACUUCAGUCCCAAGGUGUCUGCAGUCAGCACAGUGGUAAACUGGGGUACCAGCCCCAAGGCUUUCGUCUUCCGCAACUAUAACCAUAAACCAGGUUCUGUCAGCCGUUAUGCAGGAGGCUCAGGCUACCAGAUGUGGCAGGCAGUGAGGGCAUCGUCAGCCGCCCCAGGAUACUUCCAGGAAUUCACCUUACAAAAUGACAUUCACCAGGAUGGUGGAAUUAUCCUGAACAAUCCCUGUGCCCUGGCUGUCCAUGAAAGCCGUUUGCUGUGGCCCAACCAGGACUUUCAGUGUGUGCUGUCCCUCGGCACAGGUCGCUAUGACAGUGCUAAGAAGGGACCUGCCACCUCCACGAGCCUGAGGGCCAAAAUCAGCAAUGUGAUCUGCAGUGCCACUGACACAGAAGGGGUUCACACCCUUUUAGAUGACCUGCUGGCCCCAGAUGUCUACUUCCGCUUCAACCCCAUGCUGAGCACUGAUGUGUCUCUUGACGAGAACCGGCCGCAGGCCUUGGACCAGCUGCAGAGAGACACACAGAACUACCUGGAGAGAAAUCGGCUGAAACUGGCCAGGCUUUGUUUGGUGCUUUCAGCAGAGCGCUCAGCUGUUAGGAGGACUAAGGACUGGAUUAGUGAGAAGGCCUGGGAGAUGAAACAGAGACUGAUGUGAGAAAGUGAGAUGAAAAUGUAGUUUCUGGCCUUUGGCAUAUGUCAUGAGUUUGAAUUUAUGUGAGGAAACUUCCAAAGGAUGAAACACAACCACAGGUGCAUUAUCUGAGCUUUGCUAAACAGUUCGACUGUGUGUUUUGUGGUUCUGUCUGAUCCUUUUGAUUUAUUUCCUUUUGGCUACAUAACCUAGACAGAACAAAUAUUCAUUCAUGAAAUAAGCACCUUGAUGCACUUUCAAAAAACUGCUGAAUGU